AAAGAGCUUGUGAGCCCAGAAAAGACAUUCCUUCUUCAGACAACGAAGUAGUUACAACUCCUGUCCGAAGAUGAUGAAAUUUGCAGUCUUAUUGGCCAUCGUGGCUUGCGCUUCCGCCGCCGUUCUCCCGAAAUUCGUUGAGGAUGACGCACACGUUGCCGCCGAGUUGGCAGCCCUCAAUCCGGCUGGACGUAUUGUCGGAGGAACGGUGACCACCAUCGACAAGGUCCCAUACCAGGUUUCUUUCCGCCAGUACGGCUCCCACAUCUGUGGUGCCAGCAUCAUUUCCGAGAGAUGGAUCAUCACCGCCGGCCACUGCGUCAGCGGCGGAUCAAGCUCCGCGUACUCAAUCCGUGCCGGAUCCACCUACUCCAACAGAGGAGGCAACAGCUACUCUUUCGCUCAAUUGAUCCUCCACGAAGACUACACCACCAGCGGAUACGGAGUCCCAACCAACGACAUCGCUGUCCUCCGCACUUCUUCCCCCAUCUCCUUCGACUCGACCCGUCGUGCCAUCCCUCUGUACCAAUCCGGAGAGGAAGCCGCCGUUGGCGCUAACGCCGUCAUCACUGGAUGGGGUUCCGUCAGGGAAGGUGGAUACGUCACCUCAACUCUUCAGACCGUCAGCGUUCCAAUCGUAUCCAAGUCGUCGUGCAACUCCAACUACGCCGUUUACGGAGGACUCCCAGCCGGUCAAAUCUGCGCCGGAGUACCCGCCGGAGGUCGUGACGCUUGCCAGGGUGACUCAGGUGGCCCUCUUGCCAUCAACGGUCGUCUCGCCGGUUUGACAUCAUGGGGAAAUGGUUGCGCUAGGGCUGGAUACCCAGGUGUUUACACCGAGGUUGCCGCCUUCCGCGACUGGAUCCAGACCGUUGUUUUUGUCACACGAUACAAAUAUUAUGAAUGUUUGUCAAAUGCCCGCGGUACUUGGCUGCGAUUUGCAGCCGCGAAUCUCGGGUAUUGGAUUGUCACAAACAUAGUUAUGUUGCUAUGUCACAAUAAUCGCAUAUCAGAGCAUCGACAUUCCUUCUUCAGACAACGAAGUAGUUACAACUCCGGUCCGAAGAUGAUGAAAUUUGCAGUCUUAUUGGCCAUCGUGGCUUGCGCUUCCGCCGCCGUUCUCCCGAAAUUCGUUGAGGAUGACGCACACGUUGCCGCCGAGUUGGCAGCCCUCAAUCCGGCUGGACGUAUUGUCGGAGGAACGGUGACCACCAUCGACAAGGUUCCAUACCAGGUUUCUUUCCGCCAGUACGGCUCCCACAUCUGUGGUGCCAGCAUCAUUUCCGAGAGAUGGAUCAUCACCGCCGGCCACUGCGUCAGCGGCGGAUCAAGCUCCGCGUACUCAAUCCGUGCCGGAUCCACCUACUCCAACAGAGGAGGCAACAGCUACUCUUUCGCUCAAUUGAUCCUCCACGAAGACUACACCACCAGCGGAUACGGAGUCCCAACCAACGACAUCGCUGUCCUCCGCACUUCUUCCCCCAUCUCCUUCGACUCGACCCGUCGUGCCAUCCCUCUGUACAAAUCCGGAGAGGAAGCCGCCGUUGGCGCUAACGCCGUCAUCACUGGAUGGGGUUCCGUCAGGGAAGGUGGAUACGUCACCUCAACUCUUCAGACCGUCAGCGUUCCAAUCGUUUCCAAGUCGUCGUGCAACUCCAACUACGCCGUUUACGGAGGACUCCCAGCCGGUCAAAUCUGCGCCGGAGUACCCGCUGGAGGUCGUGACGCUUGCCAGGGUGACUCAGGUGGCCCUCUUGCCAUCAACGGUCGUCUCGCCGGUUUGACUUCAUGGGGAAAUGGUUGCGCUAGGGCUGGAUACCCAGGUGUUUACACCGAGGUUGCCGCCUUCCGCGACUGGAUCCAGACCAACACUGGACUACAACGAAGUAGUUACAACUCCGGUCCGAAGAUGAUGAAGUUCGCAGUCUUAUUGGCCAUCGUGGCUUGCGCUUCUGCCGCCGUUAUCCCGAAAUUCGUUGAGGAUGACGCACACGUUGCCGCCGAGUUGGCAGCCCUCAAUCCGGCUGGACGUAUUAUCGGAGGAACGGUGACCACCAUCGACAAGGUCCCAUACCAGGUUUCUUUCCGCCAGUACGGCUCCCACAUCUGUGGUGCCAGUAUCAUUUCCGAGAGAUGGAUCAUCACCGCCGGCCACUGCGUCAGCGGCGGAUCUCGCUCCUCAUACUCGAUCCGUGCCGGAUCCACCUACUCCAACAAAGGAGGCAACAGCUACUCUUUCGCACAAAUGAUCCUCCACGAAGACUACACCACCAGCAGAUACGGUGUCCCAUCUAACGACAUCGCUGUCCUCCGCACUUCUUCCCCCAUCUCCUUCGACUCGACCCGUCGUGCCAUCCCUCUGUACCGAUCCGGAGAGGAAGCCGCCGUUGGCGCUAACGCCGUCAUCACUGGAUGGGGUUACCUGAGGGAAGAUGGAUCCGUUAGCUCAGUUCUCCAGACCGUCAGCCUUCCAAUCGUAUCCAAGUCGUCGUGCAACUCCAACUACGCCAUUUACGGAGGACUCCCAGCCGGCCAAAUCUGCGCCGGAGUACCCGCUGGAGGUCGUGACGCUUGCCAGGGUGACUCAGGUGGCCCUCUUGCCAUCAACGGUCGUCUCGCCGGUUUGACAUCAUGGGGAAAUGGUUGCGCUAGGGCUGGAUACCCAGGUGCUUACACCGAGAUUGCUUCCUUCCGCGACUGGAUCCAGACCAACACUGGACUUUUACAACUAAUCCCAUCCAAGGCGACUUUAUCGCGAUCAAGUCAAAUAUCGACUGGUAUAAGAAAAGCUCGUCAGCCUCGAAGAAACAAUUCAAUCUUCAGACACCCGAGCAAUUAUAACUCUAGUGCGAAGAUGAUGAAGUUCGCAGUCUUAUUUGCCCUCGUGGCUUACGCUUCUGCCGCGGUUCUCCCAAAAGUCGUUCAGGAUGACGCACAAGUCGCCGCUGAGUUGGCCGCCCUCAAUCCAGCUGGUCGGAUUAUCGGAGGAACAGCGACGACCAUCGACAAGGUACCAUACCAGGUUUCUUUACGUUACUACGGCGCUCACAUCUGUGGUGCCAGCAUCAUCUCGGAAAUAUGGGUUUUAACUGCUGCUCACUGCGUCACCACCGGAACGUACAACAAAUACUGGGUCCGUACUGGAACCACCUACACGAACUCCGGAGGCAGUUUUACCAGAUUCGUAGAAUUCACCGUUCACGAGGAUUACCACGUCAACGAUUACGGAGUCCCGGUCAAUGACAUCGCCGUCCUGGAAACCCUUUCUCUUAUCGUCAGUGGCCCAAAUCGUCGUCCCAUUCCUCUGUUCCAAUCCGGAGAGGAAGCCCCCGUUGGUGCCCUCGCCGUCAUAUCUGGAUGGGGUUACUCAGAGGAAAUUGGAUACAUUAGCUCAACUCUUCAGACCGCCAGCAUUCCAAUCGUAUCCAAGUCGGAGUGCAGUUCCACGUACGCCGCUGACGGAGGACUUCCGGCCGGCCAAAUCUGCGCUGGACUACCCGAUGGAGGUCAUGACGCUUGCCAAGGUGACUCAGGUGGCCCUCUUGCCAUCAACGGUCGUCUUGCCGGUAUCACGUCAUGGGGAAUCGGUUGCGGUAGGCCCGGUUUGCCAGGUGUAUACACCGAGGUUGCUGUUUUCCGCGACUGGAUCCAGGCUCACACUGGAAUACGCUUAAGUAAGUAUAACUCGAGUCCGAAGAUGAUGAAGUUCGCAGUCUUAUUAGCCCUCGUGGCUUACGCUUCCGCCGCGGUUCUCCCAAAAGUCAUUGAGGAUGACGCUCAAGUGGCCGCCGAGUUGGCAGCUCUCAAUCCAACUGGGCGUAUUGUCGGAGGAACGGUGACGACCAUCGACAAGGUUCCAUACCAGGUUUCCAUCCGAAAAUAUUCCUCCAUCACCUGCGGUGCCAGCAUCAUUUCGGACAGAUGGGUCAUAACCGCUGCCCACUGCGUCGACGGCGGAUCUCACAGCGCAUACUACAUAAUUGCCGGAACCACCUCCUCCCACGCGGGAGGUAGCGCCCACUCUUUCUCGAAAACGAUCAUCCACGAGAAUUACAAGACAAACUCAUUCAGAAUCCCUACCAACGACAUCGCCGUCCUGCAGACCUCUACCGUUAUUACCCUAGACUCGACCCGUCGUGCCAUUCCUCUGUUCCGAUCUGGAGAAAAAACUGCCGCCGGCACUAUGGCUGUCAUUUCUGGAUGGGGAUCCACCAGGGAUGGCGGACCUUUGACCGCCGUCCUUCAGACCGCCAGCAUUCCAAUCGUAUCCCAGUCGGCGUGCAGUUCCACGUUCGCCACUUACGGAGGACUUCCAGCCGGCCAAAUCUGCGCCGGACUAGCCAAAGGAGGUCGUGACGCUUGCCAGGGUGACUCGGGCGGCCCUCUUGCCAUCAACGGUCGUCUUGCCGGCGUAACAUCAUGGGGAUUAGGCUGCGGUAGAGCUGGUUUCCCAGGUGUAUACACCGAGGUUGCUGCCUACCGCGACUGGAUCCAGAGCAACACUGGAAUCUGAGUAUCGGGCUGUUCUUGUUACUCAUUGUUAUUUGAAGCCAACAUUCCAUUGAGGUUGACGUGUGAUAUUUGCAUAAUGAAUAAAAUUGACUACUAUUCUUCAUCCAAA